CAGGUUUUGGGAGUCGCAGUGGUAAUUCUGGACACUUCUACCAAUGCGUUUGUGGUCCUUGCUGCACUCAUAUCCCUUCUUCUCGCGGCCUCUGCUUGUAGCAAUAGGACAGCAACUGGAUCUGGAAGUGGAAAGGCCCAUACAACUAGUACUGGUACUGGAACAAAUGUAACAAAGACCACUACUCCUAGUUCUGGACAGCAUUUUCUUCCUGCGCUGUUAGCAAUGAGUAUGGUUCUGUCGACAAUGG